CACUACUUGCUUCAAAUCUGCUAAGCUAACAUUCGUUAGUCACUUCUCAACCAUCGAGAAACGCGCACGCGUGUACUUCAUUUCAAUAUCAUUAUAUUAUCACAGCGGUAUUUUGCUAUACGGUCCCGUUUCUGCAAUUAAAAAAUUGUUUGAGAUCACCCUUAAUAUUUUGUGAGCAUCUGAAUUGACAGUUUUAAAAUUUGCAAACGAUGCAACGAGCAUUAUUAGUGAAUACAAGUGUUAACUAAACUGAUAUUGUGUCCCGUUUAAAUAAAGAUAGUUUAGAAACAUCUAUUAAUGAUGUCAUCUUUAACCAUGACGACAACUUUAACGAAUGGACACCACAAUGGAACGUGCAAUGGGAAACUGGAGACUAGUUUAAAUGGUUACAGGAAAAAUGGAUACGUGAAACCAGAACCAGAGCCCUGUGGAUCUUCACUGCAGACCCCAGCACCUUACAAUGACGACGCAAUGGCGAUAGCAGAAAGAGAUCGAUGUUCGUACGGACGCAUACCCAGAGCCGUGGCGAUCGCCGGCACAGCGAACCGCAGGGUGCGGGUCUACUCGGAUGGCAUCUACGACAUGUUCCACCAAGGGCACGCGAGGCAAUUACAGCAAGCAAAGGCUGUGUUCCCAAAUGUCUACCUAAUUGUAGGAGUCUGCAGUGACAGACUAACACAUAGCCGCAAAGGGCGUACGGUGAUGACCGAAGACGAAAGGUACGAAGCCGUCCGGCAUUGCAGAUACGUCGACGAGGUAGUGCGCGACGCGCCGUGGGAGUACGACGAGGAGUUUCUGGAGAAGCACAAGAUCGACUUCAUAGCGCACGACGACAUACCCUACACGACGCAGGACUGCGAGGACACGUACGCCAUGAUCAAGGCUAAGGACAUGUUCGUCGCCACGGAGAGAACAGAGGGCGUAUCAACGUCGGAUAUAGUUGCGCGGAUAGUACGCGACUACGACAUGUACGUGCGGCGGAACCUCGCGCGCGGGUACUCGGCGAAAGAGCUCAACGUCUCAUUCCUUAACGAGAAGAAGUUCCGCUUGCAGAACAAGAUGGACGAGCUCAAAGAUAAAGGCAAAAAGGUGAUGACGAACAUAGGUGAGAAGAGGGUUGACAUCCUGACGAAGUGGGAGGAGAAGUCGCGCGAGCUGAUCGAUGCGUUUUUGCUACUAUUCGGGCCGGACGGCCGCCUCACCAACAUCUGGAACGAGUCCAAGGGCCGGCUCAUGCAAGCGCUAAGCCAGCCGCCGUCUCCCCGCGGCUCCCCCGCGCCCAGCGAGAACGGGGAUGACCCCGAGCCUCUCAACAGAGGUUCAGCGUCCCCACCACCACCAAAGUCGCGGCGUCGUUGCGAAUUGUUAUGGGAUCAACAAGCAGGUAACUGGAUGCAUCGAGCUCUGAGUGCAUUGGGGAGUCGGAAGAGGCCGUACAGCGCCAGCUCACAGACGACGGGUCCGACGAAAGCGACGAAGAGUACCAGGACACCAGCCCGUACCUUUAGAAAAUCUUGUAAUUAGCUAUAGUUGAUAUUAACUAUAUUGGAAGCAAUGGCGUAACCAUAUCGUGUGGAUAGGGCCUUAGAAGGGUAUGGAGAGGCUGAAUAAGGCUGUAACCUUACACGUGACACGUCGCGUUUUGAGUCAAAUCAAUUUACUGUGAAGAACCACGCGACGCGACUUAGAAUCGCAGUUGUGGCAUUACAUUCAUAUGAUAAUUUGAUUUGACCUAACACGCCGUGCUUGGCGUGGAUUAAGUGUACCGGGGUCAUAAAUUAAAAGCAAUGGCUCACUGUAUAGAUGGUAUGAAAUCGUCCAAAAAAGGUCUAAUGAAGAAGUUUCAUUGGUUCAUGGAUUUAAUUGGGUCUUUAACUCACUCCUCAUAAAUGGCCCCUUAUCUGAUAUCGCAAUCUUUUAUUCAAAAUUAUUUAUUGUCUAACUUUAAAUUACCGUAGACAGGUGAAACCUGACUGAGGUAAAACUUUAUGACUAUUGGGGCGAAAAGAUUUAUUUUAAUCACAGAUAUGUGUGAUAGAACAAAGGAGCAACAGAUUAUUUAAAUCAUUUUUUUUUCUGUAUAAUGGGUCACUUUUAAUGUUUUUGUUUUGUGAUUUUUUAGAUGUAUGUAUUGUAUCUUUGAUAAACAUGAAACGGAAACAAAUCAAAAAGGAAAAAUGGUUGCCCUUUUGUUUCAUCAAAAAGGUUUAAUAAAAGCAUAGACUUCGCCUUCGAGUACAAUAAAACGGUAGUUUUUGUAAUGAGGCCCUUCAAAUGAGAGCCCUUUGUAUAAGUUUUAGAGUUUACCGACGUGACAGUUGUGUGUUAAUUUGUCAAAUUUUUAUGAACAGUAAUUUUCGGUCAAAAAUACAAAAUGAUAGAUAUCCGCUUGUGUCACGUUUAAUUUACUUGAAAACUAAAACAUUAAUGGUUAAUAGGGUAUCGGGUAUAUAGUUACGCCACUGUAUGGAAAUGUAUCAUAGUAUUUUUAUACGAUGUACAACGUCCAUACCACAUCGAAGUUUGCGACGCAUUCUCCGACGAGCAUUUCGUGAGUUAGGCAGGGUAUGACUGACUUUUCUCAGUUAACAGCAACUGUCAAAUUUGCUGUCAAAUUAGCAAAUGACAAUAAAACUAGUCUUAGGAUUUACGCACACUACUCACACAUUUAAAACUUUGGAAAAUGAGCUUUAUUUUUUGUGACACAAGGUAAACUUUUCAAAAUGUUUGUUCCAGGAGCAUAAUAUGUGUAUUACACAGCGUAAAUAUAUAUAUUAUAGUCAACUCAGCCGCCCUCUAUACCGUCCCUGACGGCAACAAUAGGCCGGCUCAUCCUUGGUUGCACACCGUUUCUCUCAACGAGUUACGUAGUUAGAAAUCGUGUUACUACAUAUAUAUAUUCAUUACACAUAUGCUAGUAGUAAAUGAGUUUAACUCGUCAUACUCUUAAAAUAACUUUUAAAACACGUGUUAUAGGUAAAGCUCACAUUUCAAAGAUUUGAUUUAAAUUGAGCUGGUGUGCAUAGACCCGCCCUGCUGUUGAUGUAUUAAAUUAUUAAGUACGAGUUUGCCGUUGCUGAAGUAUGCCUGCUGUUUGUUUACAUGAGUGAAUGUAUUUAAUCCUAUUAGUUUUAAUACAUAUUAUUUAUAUUCGUUUGUUUAUUGUAAAUUUUUUUCUCAUUUAAAAAUUAUAUGCAGGGAGCCUGCAGUUUUAUUAGCACCGUAAAUACUAGGUGCAGAAAGUAUUGCAGAUAUUAUUUGUAUAUUACUUUUUGACAGUUGAUUAAAGAGGUGCUUAAAGUUA